UGUCUGACAUUGACAACUGUAAUAUUCCACUUUUCGAAAUUCCGCGCGUGGAGAGUGCUUGCAACGUGGUGUUUUAUUUAGAUUUUUGUUUGAAAUAAAUAAUAAUGAAGGGCGACAAGAACGUAGAUAUCCAAGCCCUUAAGGAUAUCGCGAACAAGCUUAGAAUCGACAGCAUAGUCGCAACAAAUGCCUCGAAAUCCGGACACCCCACGUCAUGUGCCUCCAUGGCGGAGAUGAUGUCAGUGCUAUUCUUCCACACCAUGCGCUACAAGAUCUCAGCACCAAAGGAUCCCUCCGCAGACAGAUUUAUACUUUCAAAGGGCCAUGCAGCGCCUAUCCUCUACGCGGCAUGGGCAGAAGCUGGUCUUUUCCCAGUAGAAGACCUGAAGAACCUUCGCAAACUGGACUCAGACCUUGAAGGCCAUCCCACGCCCAGAUUGAACUUUAUCGAUGUGGGCACCGGCUCACUGGGCCAGGGGCUGGCCGUAGCCGCCGGUAUGGCGUAUGUUGGGAAGUACUUCGACCAGGCCCCUUACAGGGUGUUCUGCCUGGUGGGCGACGGCGAGGCGGCCGAGGGCAGCAUUUGGGAGGCGCUGCACUUCGCCAGCCACUACAAGCUGGACAACCUGGUGGUGCUCUUCGACGUCAACCGCCUCGGGCAGUCCGAGCCCACCUCGCUGCAGCACCAGAUGGACGUGUACGCGGCGCGCCUGAAGGCCUUCGGCUUGCACACGCUGGUGGUGGACGGCCACGACGUGGGCGAGCUGGCCAAGGCGCUGGACGAGGCGGCGGCGCGGGCCGGCCAGCCCACCGCCAUCGUGGCCAAGACCUACAAGGGCCGCGGCUUCCCGGCCAUCGAGGACCAGGACAACUGGCACGGGAAGGCGCUGGGGGCAGAGGGCGAUAAGAUUAUCAAGCAUCUUCAAUCGCAAAUAAAGAACGCAUCAAUCAGCCUCAAGCCCCAACCUCCCCUGGCGGAAGCGCCCAAAGUGCACAUCAGUGAUAUCACCCUCUCCUCCCCCCCGGCGUACAAAAAGGGGGAGUUGGUGGCCACCCGCCUCGCCUACGGAACUGGGCUCAAGAAGAUCGCGGACACCAACCUCAGGGUAAUAGCUAUGGACGGCGACACCAAGAAUUCCACCUUCAGUGACAAACUGCGGAACGCGUACCCUGACAGGUACGUGGAGUGCUUCAUCGCGGAGCAGACGCUGGUGGGCGUGGCCACGGGCGCCGCGUGCCGCGACCGCGCCGUCGUGUUCGCGUCCACCUUCGCCGCCUUCUUCACGCGCACCUUCGACCAGAUCCGCAUGGGCGCCAUCAGCCAGAGCAACAUCAACCUGGUGGGUUCGCACUGCGGCGUCAGCAUCGGCGAGGACGGCCCGUCGCAGAUGGGUUUGGAAGACCUGGCGCUGUUCCGCGCCGUGCCCACCGCCACCGUGUUCUACCCCUCCGACGCGGUGUCCACGGAGCGAGCGGUGGAGCUGGCGGCCAACACGCGCGGCAUCUGCUACCUGCGCACGUCGCGCCCCAACACCGCCGUCAUCUACGACAACGACACCGUCUUCAAGGUGGGCGAGGCCAAGUUGGUGCGCAGCGGAACGUCGGACCGCGUGCUGCUCGUGGGCGCCGGCGUCACGCUGCACGCCGCGCUGGCCGCCGCCGACACGCUCGCGCAAGAGGGCGUGCAGGCUCGCGUGCUGGAUCCCUUCACCAUCAAGCCGCUGGAUGAGGCGGCGCUGAGGAAGCACGCCAAGGCGGCCGGCGGCCGGGUCGUCGUGGUGGAGGACCACUACCAAGCCGGCGGGCUGGGCGAGGCGGUGCUGUCGGCGCUGGCGCUGGAGCGCGACGUGGUGGUGCGGCACCUGUGCGUGCGGGAGGUGCCGCGCUCCGGAGCCCCCGACCAGCUGCUGCACCAGCACGGCCUCUCCGCGCCGCACGUCGCCGGCGCCGCCAGGCUGCUGCUGCAGGCCUAGGCCGCGACUGCCGGCUCGCCUUCCACAUCCACCCUCCAAAGUCAUUCCCUUUAUAACGUCGCUCCAUAUCACAAGAUUUGCUAGCUCGUAUCUAGUCGUUUUCGAACAUCUUAAAAUAGACCUUAUUUAUUAUUUUGUAACGCUCAAAUUUGUCUGCAAUUCUUUGGCAACGUUUAUAAAAUAGAAAUCAGAAAUACGGCAUUAGCGACUCUGAAAUUACUGCAAUAACGGCCAUUUUACUUUGACGUUAUAGAGAUUGAUAUGCAAAAACGACUCUUCGAUUGCGAGCUAGCAUCUCAUACUCAAGCUAUUGAACUGCUCUUCGUUUCGUAAAAUACAUCGACUGACAUCACGCUGCAUAUACUGUAUCGAGAAGCUUAAAGUUACAUUAUUUAUGAAAGAGAGCCAUUUUUCUUUCGAAAUUAAAGAAUACUACAGCACCUUUCUUGAAAGUGCAAAUAUUUUACAAAAAAUACAUAUUUUAAUUAGCAUGCCAAAUGCAUAAAAUAGAAACGAGAGUUUAUCGCUGUACGAGAAAAAAACACUUGCUUAAAAAAGUUAUCAAAACUGAUUUCAACUAAAAUCUCUAAGCUUUUCAUAAAGGCGGAAUUAUUCGUUGAGAACAAUUUUUUUUACAUUAUACCAAUCAUUUUACAAAGUUAUGAAUUGAAGGGUAGUUCACGAACAAAUUCUUUGUACUUUAGUCUGUAGGAUUACAUUCCGUAUUUGGCGUACAAAGAUCAUCUUAAAGUUUACAAAUCGAUUGAUUGGUUAUAAGGAUUAAGUAGUUUACUAAGUACUUUUAAAAUCAGUUUUUGUUUUUCUUUUUUCCAAUAGUUUUGUUGUAUUGAUGUGUUGUUGCGUUCAAGUCAAAUGAACUAACGAAUAUUUCGUUAUGAUCGUAGAAUAAAGGCGGAUCUAAAUUGCGUCAAACUUAACAAUAAAUUAUAGCCAUUUUAAGUUAGGCCUAAAUUUUUCUCAUAAUAUUAUAUCGUAUUCGAAAAAGUUUAUAACAAGAUCCGAUUCUCAUUACUAAUUUUAUUAUAAAUGAACCAAAUUAUUUUUAUAAAUGCCUUACAAUGGCCUUUUAGACACAUAAGACAGCCGAAUCUAUAUCUUUUGUAACCACAGAUUAAGUUAUGAUAAGUGUUAUGGUAAAUUAAAAUGCAGCCAAAACAGCGAAAACGUAACUUUUUUAUGAUCAUGACGAUAUGUUCUGUCCAUUUGCUAUUUUAAAUAAUGAAACACUUGAACGAGUGUCUGAUUCAGUGGUUUUGUUACUGUUCUCUACAAAAGUUCUCCUAGGCGAGUGUGAAUUUCGCACUUGUAGUGUGUUUUCACAUACGAACGUCCUUUUGGCACUUGUCACCUUAUAUCUGCGUCGAAUACUUGAUGAACACUCGGAAAUUACUACAAUUUAUAGAGAAUAAUCGAUCUUUAUAUUAAAACUGUUAUUUUCUUACGUGAUUUAUACGUAUAUAUAUAUAGCACGAAUUUUUGUCUCCGUUCCUCAAGGUAAAAAGAGCUAACUUGCAAAGUCGUACUAACUCUCAAAAAAUCUCAUUGCAUCGGAUAUAUAUUUAAAAUAAGUACGACCGUCAUGCUUAUUUCUGCCGGUAAACAGCAAUGAUGUCUUCCGGUCUGUUGCCGGUGUGAUUACGAGCACACGAGGCUUAAAACCAACGCCUCGGGUUGAUGGACACAGGGCGGCCCUGCGAAGCCUUGCUCUGUUUUUAUGAGAUGGUUUUCCAGAAGUAUUAUUAAAAAGCCUUUAUUACUAAUCUUGGUAAAGUCCUCUCCCUGCAUGAAAGUCCAUCAAAAUCGUUUUAGCCUUACAUAUGUAGGUUUAGAUUGAGGCUUGAUAAUCUGUGUUGCCAAAAGGAGAUUCAUAAGUGAAAAUGUUAACAGGAGAAACUUUACUUAUUUGGAUAUCAUCCAUUAAUUGAUAUAAGGCUGAAGUUGUGUGAUAGUUAUAAAUUGAGCUUGUGAUAAUGGAUCUAACGGUAGGAUACCUACCACUUGUAAAUUGAUUUAAGAACUGUAACACUACCACCUACCAUAGAAGCGAUCACCUUUCUUGAAACUUUCAUAGUAUAAUGCCGACCGCAGUACAAAAAAAAAAUAUGUUUUCUUAUCACACAUUGAAUGAAAGAAAAUAUAUAAGAAUUUAGUGUGUUUUGUUGACUUGUAAUUAUGAGUUAAUACGGAAUUUACUUACAUUGUAUAUUGGUUGUUUCAAACCAAAUCGGUUAUAUUUGUUGGUUGGUUGUGCAUUCUACUGAAUGACGUUUUUAUCAUAUUAAACUUAUCUAACGAAAAAAAUGUGGUCGGUCCGAAUCUCUAACCUCUAGUUCCUGAAAAGCUGAACAAAUAAGCGGUCAAAAAACUUGAUGGUCAACUUUAGAUCGGGUUGUCGAAGAGUCUUAUCACAAAUAUCACUUGUAUAUUCAUUUUAUCAACAAAUGUUGUCAACCCUAUGAGAAUCUUAUUACCUUAUUAGAAGUUCGUAUCGAUUAAUUAUUCGACCUAUGAUCAGCCUUACAGAGAAUGGGGGUUAGCUCAUUCCUAUACAAAGAACAUUCCUGAACUCUAUGGUCUUAAAAGUUCCUCUACAAAAACAAAAUUUAUUCCUAUAUGUUUAAAACAUUUUACUGAAAUUAGUUGAUAGUCGUGGAUGGUUGUUUUAUACAUAAUAUUAUAUUCUAUAUACACUAUGUAUGGUGAUGUUUUUGUAUCGUUUUAUAGGGCGGGCAUAGAUAAAACAGCACAAUAAGUCGAAAAUCUGAAAUCUAAAAUUCAGAUCGUUUUAUUAUAUUCAAACAUUCCGGGUCCGUUUGAAAACCGAUAAGGGGAAAUACCCCUUCGGUAAUACAUGGAAAUAGGUUUUCGCACCUCAAAAGACGGUAAACGUCCUUUUGAUUAUAAUCUUAGUGUGACGCGUAUUUACUUUGGUCGUGGUUAUCGAUUUUAAUCUUGCUGUCAUCAUGAUAUCAACCGAUAGAGAUGUCUGUCCACCACGGUGGGGGUCGACCAACGCUGUACCAGUGCGGAGUCGCAAUUCAAGCACCUUACGUCACCAAAAAGUGACCCGCCCACUGCCACGUUAGCUUCACGACUCGUUGAGCUAUGUCGGUAACCCUAAUAUAUCUACGGAUCAUUACUGAUUUGAUGACGUAGAGAUACUUCUGUGGAUUUUUUUUUUAAUUGCUUGGUUUGGACAAUCGGAACCAUUUAUAUAAGAUUUAUAUUCUUGCAUUUAUUCAUAAUAUUUUUUAAAUCGUACGUUUAUUGUUGAUUCGUUUUAAAGUCGCACAUUCUUGUAUCUACUUCUAAAUCUUUACUUCACGAACGUACUGCCAGGAGCGCUGGCAUUGAUAAGGUAUAAUAGGUCCAUUUUAAUCAGACUGUGCUGUUUUGUUAUUAAAAUGUCCAGCAUUAAGUGCCUUUUAUAUUUACAUUUGCACAAGUUUUACAGAUUGGAAUAUUUUAAAGGGUUAGAUUUUAAGAAUAAUCUUUAAGUAUAUUAUUGAUACUGUUAAAUUAAGUUCAGGGUCGCUGGCUGUUGCAGAGGGCUGGAUUUUUUAUAAUAGGACAAAAGUAAUAGGCGGAAAAAAGAAACCGACUCCCUUGUAUGCACUAUUAAUAAUUGAAAUUAUAGUGUUUAUUGCUGCAACUAUUGAAUAGUCAUGUCCUCAUAACUUCGAAGAUCUUAAUCAUUAAAUUUGAAUAUAAGACCAACACCUAGAUGUAAGGUUAUUUUUUAAAGAAAUACGCCUAAAAAAUAGGAACUGUAAAAUGUUCCUCUAAGUUGGGGAUGUAGUUUAAAAAUAAUUGGAAACAGUCAGUGACUCUAAAAUUUCAAAAUUAACAACUAAAAGUAGUGCUAUCCGUUUCUCCAUAUCCUGAAUUAAAAGGAUGGCGCGAUUUUAUUUAAUAAUCUAUUUAGUUAAUAAAGUUUCGAUUGAUAUGGAUA